AGUGCAGAGCAGAGCAGCGCAGCGCAGCAGAGAGACUCUCUACAGCCUGCUGUGUCCUUCACCGCCGGGAUUACCGUUUUCUCUCCGUCUGGACAGACCUGCGCUCUAAAUGAAGCUUGGUUCUUCUCCGUGAUUUCUUCGCCAUGAGCUGCCUGGAUGUGAUGUACCAAGUGUUCGGUCCUCAGCCUUAUUUCAGCUCCUACAGCCCUUAUCACCACCAGAAACUGGCCUUGUAUACCAAAAUGCAAGACCCCCAGGACAGCGGCAGCCGGCUCGGACCCCCGGGCCCCCCGUCUAUCAAAGAGGAGGACAAGGAGCUGCCGCCGGGAGCCGAGUACCUGAGCUCUCGCUGCGUCCUCUUCACUUACUUCCAGGGAGACAUCAGCGCUGUGGUGGACGAACACUUCAGCCGAGCCCUCAGCCACACAACCGCGUACCCUGCCUCAAGCAGCCACAAGGCCGUCAGAGAUGGAUCAUUCCCGAUGAGCCAGAGAAGUUUCCCUCCGUCUUUCUGGAACAGUUCCUAUCAGCCGUCAGUCUCCUCUACGCUCGGCAGCGCUCUGUCAGCUCCUCACACAGAGCUCCCCUUCCCUGGGGACCCGUACUCCUCUGCCUCCCUGCACAGCCACCUCCAUCAGCCCAGCCCUGACUCCUGGCACCCAUCCCAUCACCACCACCAUCACCACCACCACCCGUACUCACUAGGGGGCGCUAUAGGCAGCCAGGGCUCAGCAUACCCGCGUCCAGGGGUUCACGAGAUGUACGGCACGGCGUUUGACCCACGUUACGGUUCUCUGUUGGUGCCAUCAGUGAGGCCUCAUCACCGUCUGACGUCCGGCAGCUCGGUACCGGGACCCAGCGCCUCGCCCUGUGACCUGGGAGGGAAAGGGGAUUCAGGGACGGGUUCGGCCUGGAGUGGCGCCUUCACUGGAGCCGGCGCAGAAAUCGGACUCAACAUGGACACAGGUCUGCAGGCACAGGAUAAGAGCAAGGAUUUGUAUUGGUUUUAGACACUGCUGAGACUCUUCCCUCCAGCUUCACUCCUACUUCAACUGUAGCCUCUUUCCUAUACUCCUCCUGCUCUCCUCUGUUGCUCUGCUGCUGUUAUGGGAUUUCUGAGAGAGAAACUGAAAAUCAAUCAGAUGGCAGUUUUGUGCUGUAACUGCUUCUGGUCUACUUGCAGCUCGUUGUUACGGAGGACUUUGCAGCAGCAGUACAGCCCUGCUAAGCUGAAAGCUGACAGUGUGGAUACAAAACGAGCGUGGAAACAAAAGCGAACUCACAGAGGAGACAGAGAAUCUGGCCUUGACGGAUGUGGACAAAGACAAGACUCUUUGUGCUUCUGUAACAGGCAGGGACAACAUUCCUAAACUUGAAAAAGUCUGGGGACAGACGGACAGAGACAUGUGCUGUCAAACUCCAAAGACAAGCGCUUGAAGGACUUGGCAGGACUUGCCUCACUGGGACAACUGGGCAACAGACACUGGGAGUGUUGUGGCUGGAGGAAAGGCUGUGCUGGUGUUGAGGAGGCCGCACAGCAAGAAUUUGGCAGACUGUGAAGGCAGGAGGAGUCCAAACACUUUGGUUUACAUGGAGUAUUGGUUCAAUGUUAACUGAAAAAAAAAACACUGUCAGUAUUUUAUGGCACUGUACAAGUUAAAUUAAACAGUUCUGACUGAUAACAAAA